CCGAUGGUGUGCAGAACAAGGGGGACCUAGAAGAAAAACUUCCUCAAAAAAUCUCCACCUUACUAUUAAAAAACAACUUAAAAAUUCAUCAUCAUGAGUUUAAUUUCCUCCUCCUCACUGAUCCGACGCUGGGACAACCAUUCCAGCCCCUACCGCAUCUCCCAGAUGUCCUUCACUGCCUCACGACGGCUGCUGAAGUCAGAGCCAUUGCGCUGCUGGGAGCCAAAUGAGUUGAGUGUGGUGUGUGCAGAGCUGGUGGGACUGAGAGCUCAGGAAAGAGAAGAGUUAGUGGGGCUGAAUGAUCGCUUUGCCUCCUACAUUGAGAAGGUGCGUCAUUUGGAGCAACAGAAUCGGAUGCUCAUGGUGCAGCUGGAAGCCCUGCAGGGUAUGCAGACUCGGCCAUCUCGGCUGCAGCAGCUGUACAGGCAGGAAUCACAGGAUCUCCGCCAGCAGCUGCACCAUGAGACUCAGGACAAGGAACACAUGGAGGUGCUGAGAGACAAGCUGCAGAUGGAGCAGGAGCAGCUGGAAAAGCGCUGGCAAGAGGAGGCACGGCAGCGUGAGCGGGCCGAGGAUGAGUUACAGCGGACAAGGGAUGAAGCAGACAGGACGGGACUGCUGAGUUGUGACGCCGAGGUGAGAGUGAUUUCUUUGGCGCGGGAGUUGGCCUUUCUGAAGCAGGUGUUCGCAGAAGAGCGGGAGGGGCUGAAGGCGCAGCUGCAGGUGUCCAGUAUCAGCAUGGAGCCAGAUGUGAGCAGACCAGACCUCUCAGCUGCCCUGAAGGAGAUCCGUGCACAGUAUGAGAGCCUGGCCAGGCGCAACAUGCAAACCGCCGAAACUUGGUACCAAGGAAAGGUGGCCAACGUGGCGCAAGUAGCCGAUAAGCAGCAGGAGGCUGUGCGCUUGGUGCGUGAGGAAACCGCCAAACACCGUCAGCUGCUGCUUGCCUGCUCCACCGAGGUUGAAACUCUAAGGAGUGUCAUCAACUCACUAAAUGCACAGCUCAGAGAACUAGAGGAGACACAGAGUGAGGAGGUUGCCAAGUAUCAGGGGAGGAUAAGUCAUCUGGAGAGGGAUAUUGCUGAGGCUAAAGAGGAGAUGUCACGCUACUUGAAGGAAUAUCAAGAUCUGCUGAACGUAAAGAUGGCCCUGGACAUUGAAAUUGCAGCAUACAAGCAGCUGCUCGAGGGGGAGGAGAUUCGGCUGACGUACUGCUCCGUGCCCAUUUUGGCGUAAACCCUAACCUACGAAUCCUCCUUCAAAAUUUCCGUCAACCGUAACCUAUUGAUGCUGAUCCUUUAUGUUCACCAAAUUAUCUAACUCUUGACCCUUAACACAAUGUUUUUCACCAAUACAAUAUGUAAACCUAUGGGAUACAACGCUUGUCCAGGGGUCUUCAAUCUGGCCAACAAAGAGUUGGGCGACUGCAGGUUUUCAUAUCAACCAAGCUGGAGCCACAUUUGAUUGUUUAGGUGUGACCCUCAUUUGCUGGAAUGAAGGUCUGCAGCCACACCGGCUUUAAUUCUAAUUCUCCAAAACUCAAACUAUGUUGCUUUAGCCAUUAAACCCUGGAACCUAAAGCCACAUUAUGACACCUGACCAUCUACUCACAUUACUAGCAUCAUUGAUUUAAAGUGAAAUGAGCCCUUGUGUUACACAAGAGGUAAACCAGGAUCUUCCCCCUUCUUCUUCACACUUGAAAUGAAACGAGGAGAGAAACCAUGGAGAGAAUGCUAAGUUCAGCACUCACCCAGUCAGAGUUUAAUAUCAUCUUGUUGGUGAAUUCUCACUCCUCAGUUCUUCUCCAAGUGCCAAUCAUGUCUGGUGACCGAGCCCCUUCUGUUCAAACUAUCAGCCAGUUGUUUGUGAAGGUGGAUUCUUUUCAAAACCAGUCUUGCAUUAGGCACUAGAAAUGUACUGAGGUAGUGACUUUGUUGUCCUGACAUCAGACCCUAUAUCCACCAACAAGAUGUUACUCUGGACACCGGCACUGUAAGCAUAGUAAGUGAACCAACUGAUUGGCUUUUCAGGCCAUUCAGAGCUGUAGUACCUCAUUUGCUUAUUGUUCAUAUUCUUAGAGAAUGUUUAGUCUGCAUCCUAAUACUGUGAGCUCUGGCUGUUUCAGUAAUGGCGAAAUAUUUGACGUAAUAGAAAUAUCUUGACUAGAAAGGUCCAACAUUGUUACUGAAGAAUCAUUAGCUAGAAGAAUUGUGUUUAUCCUUAUAAAACACUAGUAGUGAAUCUGUGCUCUCAUCUGUUUCUGUUACAUC